AUGACAGACGAGGAGCAACGGAAGAGAAAGCAUGAGGGCGAUGAGGGCGAUGAGGUGGCUGUGAAGAAGAGCAAGCUGUUGAAGGACAAGAGCAAGAAGAGCAAGAGCAAGAGCAAGAGCAAAGACAAGAGCAAGAGCAAGGACAAGGGCAAGGGCAAGGGCAAGGAAAAGGACAAAGACAAGAAGAGCAAGAGCAAGAGCAAGAGCAAGAGCAAGAGCAAGGACAAGAGCACCAAAUCCAAGUCCAAGUCCAAGUCCAAGUCCAAGUCCAAGUCCAAGUCCAAGGCCAAGUCCAAGGACAAGGACAAGUCCAAGGCCAAGUCCAAGUCCAAGGCCAAGGCCAAGGCCAAGUCCAAGUCCAAGUCCAAGUCCAAGGCUGCCUCCGGAUCAGACUCGGGAUCGGGAUCGGACUCGUCUGCCGCCUCGGCCUCGGCCUCAUCUUCCUCCUCUUCGUCGUCCUCCUCCAUCUCGCCCGAGGAGCGCGCCGCGCGUAAGAAGCUGCGGAAGCAGCAGCGGAACAAGAUCAUCCGGGGUGCUGCCGACGAUGACGAGAUCAACGCCUUGCGUCCGUCCGGAACAAACGGAAACAUCAUGGCGCUCAAGUACCUGUGGGACUUUGUUUAUGAUCGCUCUUCGUGGCGCUUCCAGAAGGUCCGUCAGACGUACCUGCUCAAGUCGAUGUACUCGGAGCAGCGCCUCUCGUCGACCCACUUUUCGUGGCUGCUCAAGUACCUCAGCGGCCUCAAGGGCAACGCCCGCGCCGUCACCCUGCAGCAGGCCCGCGACAUCGUCCGCGCCGUUGACGAUCCGAACUCGGGCUUUCCCAUCCCCGAGCCGCCCGCCCCGACAGAGGCCGAGCUCGCCGCAGAGCUCGCCGCCAACACCGCAGCCAACGCCGCGGCUGCUGACGCCGACGCCGACGCCGACGCCGACGCCGACGCCGACGCCGACGCCGACGCCGACGCCGACGCCGACGCCGACGCCGACUCCAACGCUGAUGCCGACACCAAGCAGGUCGACACCGCUGCCGCCGCCGCUGCGGAAGUCGAAGACGUCGAUCCCAACGCAGUUCCCCCGCUUGACGUCACCGCCGUCCCGGACCCGACUCUCACCGCGGACUCGACCAAGUACAUGCGCGCUGCGGCCAUCGUCGCCCUCCUCAUCGACGAGUGAGCAACGCCUGUUUACCUCGCGCGCACUACAGCGCCUUCAGUGCCUCGUACAGCUCAUUGAAGACUGCCUCGAGUGCAGCCGGGCCUUCACUCUCGAUGCCCCUGC